CACCGCCUCAAGCAACAGGCUCGCCAUGUUCGCCACCCGCACCGCCUCCUGGAGCUGCCUGCCAGUGGAGAUGAAGCUAUCUAUUGUCGACCAGCUCGACCUCGACGACGUCCGGACGUUUGCCAAAGUAGACCGUGAGGCCUACAACCUAUCUAUUCCUGCCCUGUUCCGCAGCGUGAACCUCUCGAGCGCCGAGGCGCUGCAACAAUUUGCUGCCUGCGUGCCAAAGCCGUACAAUCGGCAUAUACGCCAACUCACCAUCUGCACCAAGCGUGCAGCGCAGCCCGCCCCCGGAUCAGAGGCCCCCCGCGUUACCGACGCCCUCGUCGACCUCCUCCCGCACUGCACGCAAGUGGAGCAGUUGACGCUCAGUCUGGCAGCCUCUUUGGCAAAGGCGGUGAUUCCAUGCUUCGAGCACCUGCUCUCCCUCGAGUCGCUGUGCAUCGAUCAUUGCGGCGAUGAGGCCCGGUCGCCUUUGAGCGAACGAUUGGUCGUUUCCAUCGCGGCCUCCGUGCCAAACCUGCGCCAGCUCUCCCUCGACCGCGUUACCCGCUCGGCGAUGCACGCCCCCGACCUCCUCGGCGCUCGCCCCUUCGUCCCGGUCGUGAAAGGAGACGAGGACAUUCCCGACCACCCCAUGCUCGGCCGUGAACUCCGCCUCCCCUCCCUCCUCCGCCUCCCCACCCUCAAAAAGCUCCGCAUCCGCGACACCCACCUCGGUGACCCCCAGUGGGAGAGCAUGCCCGUGUACUGCUUCCUCGAAGUCCUCGACCUCGGGAGCUGCUACCACGAGUCGAACGACUACAACCGCAUCUGCACGGAGCGCAUCAUGGGCAACAUCGGGCAUACCGUCGACGAGUGCGCGCUCAACACCGCGCUCACCUCGCAGACGUUCGCGCACGCGAAGCACACCGAGAAGCCGCUCAAGAAGCUGCGCAAGAUCCAUAUCACGCCACUGUUCCCCGUCGAGAACGUCGUCGACACGCUCACGACGCUCUCCGACUCGCCCGUCGAAAGCCUCUCCGUGCAAUGCCACGAGGACGACGUUGUGGACAUGUGCUCCGCGCUCGAGGACUUCCUCAACUUGCGUGCGGAGCGCGGCGAGAACGGCUUCUACCAGCACUUGAACGAGAUCAACGUCAGCACCGUCAGCGACCUCUCCGACGCGCUCGACAUCGGCGUUGGCGCGAUGAAGCGCUCCCAGGAGGCGCUCUCCGGCGAGGGCGCGGACGCCGUGCGGCGCCUGAAGGAGUAUUGCCGCGACCUGCGCCUCCAGGGCGCCGCGCCGGCGACGGACUGCGAGGCGCCGUCGCACAAGGAGACGACCGAUGUUUCGUCGGAGAAGACGGCGCCUGUGCAGGUCCGGCCGAGCGUCCGCGCUGCGAACCAGGCGUAGAGCGCGCGCCCGCGCGGCGGGCGUCGGUUUCGGGUCGGGGGAGGCGCGCGUGGGAGGGGAUUCAGCAUUCUUCUAUCGGGACUUCAGGCUUUUCUUAUACGGGAACGGGCAGGGCGCACGGCGUGGGCCCCGAGCUUCGACUCAUGAUACCCUUUGGGCUUCGGUCUAUCGGAGGCACGGGCCUUCGAACCUAUCAUUAUACGAUCUUCUUUUGCACCCCCUGUACCAUAUCAUGCCGUCAGUAGAGCUCUCGUCUAUACAGUUCAUCGCGUCC